GCUCAUCCUAAUUAUCCUCCCUGUGCCGUCAAAUCAAACCUUCUCGGAGCUCACCACACUCACACUGUCACACAGCUUCUUAUCUUCGCCGGAGUGCUCGGCCUGUCUCAGGCGGCGAUGUCCCGUCCGACCUCUUUCCGACCUCCCUCUCUUCUUCAACCCGCAGCCCGAUUUCUUUCCAUCGCAAUCCGGUCUCCCCUUCAGAAACCCCCAACUUUCCCUCCCCUCCAGUUUCAAAUUUCACUCCGCAGAACCAGAAAUCCCAAUCCUCACAGCUGCUCCGCCGUCUCCGACAGCUCACCCGUAGAACCCUCUCCGUCGCCGCCGACCAUCGUAUUCAUCAAAGGACUGUCUCUAUCGACCACCGAGGUACGGCUGAAAACGGUGUUCUCCCAGUUCGGAGAAAUCAGCCAAGGUGAGAGAGGCUUGAUUUUCAAUUCAGAUUGGGGAUGGGAAAUUUUCCUAAAGGAUUUUGGGUUUGCAGUGAAAAUCAUAGUGGACAAGCGAACGAUGGAGUCACUGGGAUUCGCUUAUGUGUGGUUUGCUAGCAAAGCGUCUGCCGAUCUCGCUGUGGAAGGAAUGAAUGGAAAGUUCUUUGAUGGCAGGUUCGUCCUAGUUACCAUUGCAAGGCCUGGUUCCUGCAAAAUCGACAGGAAUAAAACAGCAGCUCAUUUCAGGUUUUGAUUAUCAGCGGUGAAGAAGGUAAGUGAGUUCGAUCAUCACGAGUUGUAUGGCAAUUAGGCAGCUCGUUGUAUAUCCCAAUUCUAUCACUACCACUUUAAUCCAUUGAUGGCUAUUAUCCUCUAUGUCUCUCACGACUGCAAUUAAUCAUUGUGUAUUCUUUGAUUUCUUUCCAAGCCAAAAACACUAUUGUGGAUGCAAAGAAAAGCUUCAGGGUAGUUAGGACUUAGGGUUUAUAGAAAUGUAAGGUGUAACUGUGAACCUGCAGGAGAGAAAUGAUCUCUCCAGAGAGCUUUAUACUUAGCUGAAGAAGAGUAAUGUUCAC